UCUCCCUCGUUCAACCCGAUCUAUCCUCGCUCUCGCCCAAGACACAGGUCGCGCCGCCACCAUCGUUGAUUCGCUCGGCUCCCGCCUCCUCGUGGCGCAGUACAUGCCCGCCCCGUUUGAACGUGGGAUCCAACCGGCGCUCGAUAGUCGACACAUAGGAGCGGCAUUCUGCUCAGAUCGAGCUGAGGCGGCUGAGCGGAUGAAGCCAGGCCCGCGAUGGGAUCAAGCGGAGGCGUGGGAUGCGGAUCCAUCCGAGAUGAGAUCGACCUGUGCUCCCGUUCCCGCAAAAAAGAUGUACGCUGGACAGAGCGGAUCCAGAAGCCGCGCGCGAGGGGGGCGACCCGGCCGAUCGAUCAAGCCGACGUGCGCGCAGUUGAUUCUUUCGCGUGGGCGGAUGAUGUGCGCUCCUCGCCGGUGGUGAUUAAAGGAUAUAUGCCUCUCUGUUUUCCCAACCUUCUGUCGCUGCAGUUCACGCGCGUGUACGCUUCCUCUUAGCACUCUCCGAUCACACUUCUUAAUCCUGCAACGGAACAUCUAUCCUCAUGGCGUUGUUCAUACUCUUGUGGUCGACUGAUCAGGCAGAUCGGUUCUCAUUUUAUGUCAUGCCCCAGAGGUCAUGCCCUCUUUGCGGGACUGCCCUGGAAAAUGGGCCGUGGAACUUGGGCUGGGCCUAGUGGCAAGGAUCUGGAGCAAUGCUAUAUAAAGAGGCGCGCGUCACAGGAGACGGGGCGAACGAUUGAAACGUCUGAAGCCUCUCAUCCUUUUGCUCCUGUUCCUCACCUCCCUGCUAUCUGUAUCUCCCUCUUGUUGCUGAUUCUCACCUUAAAUCUCUUCUCUUGUAUCCGAAAUCGGUACUGAUCUGAUUGCUCACCCCAUGUAUGUGCUUGGGUCGUGACAAUUUGGUAAUCAGAGCCAACAAAAAAUCACCAACCCACUUCCUGCCUAUCACCUGUUCGACGAAAUGCCUGAGAGUGAGUUCCACCUGCGCAUGCGCUUGCUGCUCGAGCUGACGCAGGUGGGAACCGUGGCUGAGUACACGACGUUGUUCUGGGAGCGUCUACACCAUGUGUUGCAUCUUGACUCCAGUCUAAGCAUCAAGAGCUUUGUCCACCCGUACAUCGAUGGCUUGCGCAAGGAUAUUCAAGUAGCUGUGCACUCGCAAUCGCCAUCUAGCAUCACCAGAGCGUCCUGCCUUGCUAGAAUUAGGGAGGAAGAGAUCAUGAAGGAUGAGGCCAUGGCUGUCGAGGAGCAUGGCAAUGGCUACGACCAUGGAGUUCAUGGUCUCAUGCCUACUGAGACCCUCUGCAUCGUCUCCACCAAGCUCGAGGUCCUAGUGUUGUGCAGUGCAGAUCGCGGCGUCGACGCCAGCAGCCUUGCUGCUCCAACACCGAUCAUGUGCUCAACGGAUUACCCAAGUCGUGGCGCCACCAUUGACAUCUCCCCUGAUCUUGCAACCUCUGCUAUGUGUGGCGAAGCUCUCGACACCAAUACCUUUAGUGUCGCCACACCAACCCCGUGGUGGCGACCGAUUCCUUCCCUCAAGUUCGUCAUGACGACGCCCACCAGGUUUUUGUUGAAAGGCUUUGUGUUUAUGGACGUGUUCAUGUCAGGUGUGACACCAGGUUUGAAGCCACAAGGGACGGUGGUCCGGCCGGCACCAUGGCCCUCUUUCCUUGACAAGGACAGCAGUACAGCUCGUGGCGGCAUCAUCGAGCCACCACCGAGCGCCGCCACGGUGUUAAUCAGGGAGGUGGCUCCCUGUGUGAAUUGGCAAGGAAUGAUGACAGAGGAUAUUUACAGUGCAAAGGUGUGCCGCGGGAAGCUCUCUUUCUGGCCUCGACUGCACUCACACAAAACAACCCCUCAAUCUCUUAGGCAAGCAGGAGACAUCAACCGCAGCAAGUCAAGCCUUGGGAACAUCGACUGGUAUUGGUGGCUUAUUUUCAAUGAGUCCUUGGAAGUAAUGUAUGCUCUAGCAGAAUCAGAGCUGCGGCACUUAAGGCGUAAUCCCUCCAACUCUCCUUGGUGUUUGGUGGACGUGUUCUGGAGGUUCCAGAACUACUGGUCUGAUCCUCAAAAUGUACGGUUAGCUGAUGUGAGUUUUGAAGCUCUAUUUUCUGCUGGACAACACAACACUGGACUCCCUUUGCAAGUCUUGGGUGUUGGUUCAAUUCUGAACAUAUUGUUCAGUGAAGCUGCACCUAGUUCACUAAUGACAGAGUGCCAGGUUGAUGGAUGUCUAUGGAGAGCACAAUAUGUACCUUGUUGUAUCUUGGGGAAAUCCAUCGAAGAGAAGCAUUUGCAUAUUUGUGCAGCAGCUAAUCAGGCCCUAAUAUUAUGCAGAGCAGAAGUGGAACUCUUUAGCGAAGCCUAUCGCCCUUCAACUAUUUUUGCCCACAGCACAGUGUGGGAAAAGCCAACUUGCAGUAAAAUCAUUGCAUCUUCUGUGUUUACUUGGCGGUUCAGUGCUACAGAUGUUCUUUGCUAUAAGUCGAUGCAGUCUUCGUGUAAGGUAGACAGUGCCAUUGUUCAUAAUUCCUCAUGGAAAACCAGUGGUCGCUGUGAAGGCAUGCCUUUAUAUUGGUGGUCUCUUCAAAAUGAAUUUUCCACACUAUUUUCUGCAACUAAAGCGAGCGUGCUGCACCACAUUGAUUGGUGGUCUGAUUUUAAAUUUGUACAUCAAGCUCAUGCUAUUGGUCAUGCUACUUUGCAUUUGGGAUCUGCAAAACAGAUGGAUACUAGGAUCCCUGAAGCUCUUAGAACACUCUAUGUUCCAGAUACUAUGCAGCCUGAAGCUCUCAGGACACUCAAUGUUAUUCAGUUGGAUAAUGGAAUUUUAAGCAUUACAGUCCAAGGGCAGUUGAAGAAUCCCUUUAUUGUUCAUGUGCAUAAUCUUGGUAAACUGAAAAUGGAUGCUUACCCCUGCUGUAUUCUCGCGAGCUCUGUUCCAGAAUUAAACCAUGCUAGUGUCCAUGCCUUUGAUUCUAAGCCAGUUCUGCAAACAAAAUGUGCAACCGUAGUGUCUUGGGGGCUUACAGCUCAAGAGAUAUACUUUCUAUGUCACACGGCAAGACUCAGUUACAAGAUGUGGCACAUACAGCUUGAUGGAAAUAUAUCUUUUGGUGGUGAAGCUAAUGUUUAUCUUUCACUGGAGUGGCUCAAGCUACCGGUAGUGGAACUUCAGUUCUCCACUCCGGGUGGCUAUCUUUUCGGUUAUAAAUAUUUUCCUAUGGAUCUGGAGUUGCCUUUUGAUCCAGGAGACCAUAAGUUACAACAGGUUCUUCUUAAAAUUAGUGGUGUAUCCAUCGGAUAUAUACAUCUGCACGAGAAUAGAGGAGCUUUGCCAUAUCAUUUGCCCUAGUGGUGUACAACGCUAUAUUUCACGAUGGAAGUUAUGCAAGUUGACAGUGGGUGUUUUUAUCUGGUUGUAUGGCUCCUCGGCAUCAUUGGAGAGUUUGAUCUCACCACAUUAUGGUGUUUAUUGGAGGACAAAAUGUCAAGAAGGGCGACUACAACUGAUAAGAAAGUAAGCAAAGUGGUUGGUUAUUAUAUUCUUGCUGUUUUUGAUGUUCUGAGUGAUGGAACCAUAUUCCAAUCUCGGAAAGCAUUGUACAUGUUGCCUGAACCCAGCCCUAGGUGGACGCUCACGAAGUGGCAUAUGUUUGAGAUAAAUUCCAACACGAAUAUCUUUCUAGCAGUUUUGGUUGAAAACAGUUGCACACCAGGGAGUUUCAUAGUUGUCAAGUAUACUCUGCUCCUACCACAUUCCAUUGGUGUUCAGGGAGGAAUUAUGUUACAUACUCAGAACCUGCAUGGUCACCCAGCUUGCUCAGACUACUCGGAAUAUGUAUGCACAUCAUGUUAUCUUGACCCGAGGGACGGAGAAAACAACCCAAUUUUUCCAUCGGAUAUGGCAGUGAUCUCUGCGCAGCUGAAGCGUGACAACUUUAAUAUCGCUUGGAGUAGUUGGCAUCACAUCUUUCGGGUCGACUGGCCAAACCCAUUUCUGCAGCAACAGGUUAUUAAGCUCGUAGGAGUACCCGAGAGACAAUCUCCAUGGGACCCGGGUGGUGUCCGCUUCGUCGACAUUAUUGAACUUCUCAUUGAGCUGCUAGUACCAUGGGAUCCGGGUGGUUCACAUCACCGGCUUGAGGACAAGCCGCAUUUUAAGGGGGCGAGAAUGUCAUGCCCCAGAGGUCAUGCCCUCUUUGUGGGACUGCCCUGGAAAAUGGGCCGUGGAACUUGGGCUAGGCCUAGUGGCAAGGAUCUGGAGCAAUGCUAUAUAAAGAGGCGCGCGUCACAGGAGACGGGGCGAACGAUUGAAACGUCUGAAGCCUCUCAUCCUUUUGCUCCUGUUCCUCACCUCCCUGCUAUCUGUAUCUCCCUCUUGUUGCUGAUUCUCACCUCAAAUCUCUUCUCUUGUAUCCGAAAUCGGUAUUGAUCUGAUUGCUCACCCCAUGUAUGUGCUUGGGUCGUGACAGAUUCCUUCUACCACCCAAAGAUUACAUUGUGCUAAUAUCCUCCCUGUCCCAAUUUUGUACAGGCGUUGUUCAUACUCUUGUGGUCGACUGAUCAGGCAGAUCGGUUCUCAUAUUAUUUUUAUUUCAGGAUUUCGUGAGUUGAUA